AUGUACCUAAAUCAGAUGUCUGCCCACCAGACACAGGACCAGGAGAACGGACUCAGAGACCCUAUGGCCCUAGGCGGCCUGCAGGCACAGUCCCAGGCCCCGCCCCAGCAGUCGCUAUACAACGGCGCCACCAACGGCGAGCUCUCCAACGGAAGCAUGGACCCACCAAUGCACCCGCACAAGUCCUCAAACAACAGCUACCUGAGCCCUGAGCGUUCCCCGUGCCUCGCACUCUCGAGAGCCGUCAGCCUGCCCUCCUUCUCCCAAGAGCCCUUUGGUCCUGUCUCUGGCCAACCUGGCCACACCCGCACAGGAGCCGCCCACCAGCCCCAGAGCAGCUUCUCCAGCUUCACCUCUGCGCUCGGCGGCCUCAACCACCCCGGAUUCGGACUGGCUAUUCAAAACGAAAACUCCCUGCCCGGCUGGGCUGAAGAGGAGAUCGGGGCCAAAUAA